AGCCAUUUUUCACGUGGAUCAAGUUCACGCGGCCUGUUAUGGCAAGAUUGUUGCGCGGUCAUGGAGUUCUUCUUUGGCGGCUGUGAUUCCUCAUGUCGGGCUGUGACACCACGAAUAUUCGUUGACAGGAACAUGCCAGAUCUCUGGCAAGUGGUUUGCAGCAGUGCGGUGCAAUUUGCCAACAAUGUGGCGUAUGUGGAUGCGGAUGGACCUUGCACUUAUGCGCAAGUUCUAGCCAAGGUGAAACGCUUGAGUGCUUCGCUUUCUGUGAUACUGAAGGAGAACGCGGGGGAGGAAGAGCUAAGCUUCUCCGUCCUCCUGCCCAACUGUCCGACCCACGUGGACCUCUUUUUCGCAGCAGCUGCAACGCGUGCAAAGGUGGUGUGUUUAAAUCAUCGCUUGACCACAGAAGAGCUGCAAGUUCUUUUCGAGCGGGGCCACAGUCCCUUGCUGAUUGCAAGUGAAGGCUUUUCAAUGGGACUGGGAGAGGUGCACUGGGCCAGCACAAAAAUUCACGUCAUCGCAUGGGUGUUUGACAUUCCAGAUGACUUCUCAGACCCCAUGGUGAAGUCUCACUCCUUGGCGGAUUUGUAUGCUUCGGAGAGUACCUUUCAGCCACCACCCCUUGCGGAGGACACCGGGCUGCAGGGCUUCUUUACCUCUGGCAGUACCGGCACACCAAAAAGUGUCACGCACACUCACAAGAAUGUGUACCAUCAUACUUUGAGUACUAUUGAGGCACUAAAAAUAAAAGCAGAUGAUGAUGACUGCUGGGGUCAUUUUGGUCCCCUCUUUCAUUGCGGCACACCAGCCUUCAUUUGGAUUUGUGCUAUGGUUGGAGCACGACAGGUUUUUCAUGAGAACCAAUUCCAGUUCAUGGAGGUUGCAGAAGUGAUGCAGAGCGAGAAUGUGACGAUGGUGAAGCUAAUGCCCACAAUCUUGAAAUACUUGUUGAGUGCCGAGAAGACACGUACCAUGAAGUUUCCGAAGCUGAAAUGGGUUCUUACUGGAGGGAUGAAGCCCACAGCAGACGUCAUUGAAAAAACCAAGGAGACCUUUGCCUGUGAGUUCAUCCAGGGCUAUGGCAUGACUGAGGCCACUGUGCACUGUUCCUUCAAGAACGAGUCACUGGAGCCAACAGAAGAUGGUAUGACAGUCCUUCCAGGCCUCGACUUGGUGAUUUUGAACGAAGCAGACGAGGAAGUGGCUGAUGGUACCGUGGGUGAGAUUUCGAUCCGUGGCCCCACGGUGUUUGCUGGGUAUGACUACAAUUCGUCCUUGAACGAGGAGGUUUUCACGGCCAGCGGCUAUUUUCGCAGUGGGGACCUGGGAUACAAGAACAACAAGAAGCAGCUCUAUAUCAGUGGGCGAUCCAAGGACAUGAUCAUUGUGGGCGGCGAAAACGUGUUUGCCAUGGAGGUGGAAAUGGUCGUUUCCAGGUUGCACGGCAUCUAUCGUGUUGCUGUGUUUGGAGGACCAGAUGAUGCCCUGGGAGAGGUUGUGCACUGUGCAGUAAUGCUCACGGAAGCCGGACCUCUGAAUGGCAUGCAUGAUGAAGACAUAGAACAGAUGAUUCACAAGAGGUGUUCUGAAGCCUUGGCUGCCUUCAAAGUCCCAGUGGCAGUCCAUGUUUGGAGGCAACAUGCCUUUCCUAUGACGGGCUCUGGAAAACUCAAGAAAGAUGAGAUCCGAGAAAAGUCCUUAGAGAUGAGCCAUGUACAGACCAAAACACAGAAACAUUUUGCGACGAAGGAGGCAGCUGUGGUUGGUGCUGUGGCCUCUGUGUUGGGUCGAGCAAUCACAGCUGAUGACUUUGACACCCCUUUCAUGGACCUGAAUAUGGCCUCAAUGGAGUUUACCCGGGUCAUCAACCUCUUGGGAGGCAUGUUGCGCGGCGGAGAGCUUUCUCCGACACUGCUCUUCGAGAAUGACAAUUUGACUGAUCUGAUCAAGCAUAUUGAGUCGAGAGAAGAUCUAGUUCUGGUUACCAGUGAAGAGGAUUCUCCGAAGCAGAGCCUAAAGGAAAUUGCCAGGAUCCACGACAGACGCGCAAACGGGUGGAGUCAGUUCAAUCCACUGUGCCUAAUACUACAGCUGAUUUUGCUCCUUGUUCGGCCAGUGGUUCUUAUGGUGCCAGUACUUUUUGCAGCUUGGAUAGGUUGGCUUUGGUAUGCAAAUCACUUCUUUUGCACCGAUUGCUACUGGACCUUGAUCUUUCUCCCUCUCGUGUGGCCUGUGAGUGUCCUGCUGCUGAUGCUUGUAGUGGUGAUUCUGAAGUGGCUGAUUUUGGGGUGCUGUACACCGAGCACGAUCCUCAUGUGGUCGCCACAAUACCACGUGUGGCUUUGCAUGUACAACCUCUUUCAGUCCAUUGACCCGUUCUUGGCAAUGUUCCGAGGAACACCUAUUCUGACAUUUUUUUACAAUCGAUGUGGUGCCCAUAUCACCUAUUCCUCAGAGCUACAUACUUCCAAUCUCACGGAUUUGGACAUGAUUCGAAUCCAUGGAGACUGUCUGAUCGAUCGAGCAUGCAACAUCCAACCAAGCCACAUUGUCUCAGACAAGCGUGGGUAUGUCCUUCUGGGGAAGAUCAAGAUCAACAAGGGGUGCUUCGUCGGCUAUGGUGCUACUAUCGAGCCACACGUAACAUUGGAGAAGGGGUCAUUUGUACGGCCAUUGAAGAGUGUCAGCGUUGCACACUCGGUACACCCUCUGCCAGAAGGCAGAGAGAGUCCAAAACCUGGUCGAAUGAUGCCCUGGCUGGCAGUUUUGCAAGCAGCAGUAUUGUAUUACUUGGCUGGCCUCUUCGUGGUGAUCUCUGUGGCCGCGGGUGUGGCCAUCAUGUACAACGUGCCGUCUCACCGUUCUCACAUUACACUACUGCUCCCACUGUCACUGACCCAAGGCGUGACCGGGGUGACAAUUCCCUUUGUAACGGCAGACCUGGAAACGGACUAUGUUUGGUGGACUUUGCUUCCUCUCGUGGUGUUCUUGGUGAUCCCUCAUGCGUAUUUCCUGUCCGUGGUUCUUGCCAAGCACCUGAUCGUUGGCUAUGCUCAGCCGGGAAGCGAGCGGAGAAGCCGCAACUGGAAGACAUGGCUGUACGUUGUUCUCAUUGACUGUCCACUUUUUCGCAUGGCGACCCAGUUCACAGUGAUGAGCCAUUUGACCAAAUGGCAAUUUAAGCUGCUGGGAUGCAAAAUUGGCGAUCGGGCAUAUUUCUGUGCACCCUUCAUCCGCGAUCCAGAACUGGUGGAAAUUGGCGACAACUGUAUCGUUGCAGGCAACGUUGCUAUGCUUACCACAAGCUUAGACGAGCCCUAUGCCAACCCCAUAAGGCUCAAGAACAAAGCAAUUGUGGCGAACACAGUGGUUCUGCAUUGCGGUUGCGAUGUGCUGGAGGAAAGUAUUGUGGGCGAUGGUGUCAGCAUGCCGCCUGACAAGGUGCUUACGGAAUGCAUGGUUGCGGUCCGCGACAACUCAGAUACGUUGCCCUAUAUCAUGAUGAAACGGCAGAGCAUCUCGCAAGUGUCCCCUGCCACAACGUGCAGCUAUACAUACUAUCAGGUUUUGCUGAUCUUAUUGCAGCUGGUCCUGGUUGUAGGCACUCAUAUUCCAGGAUACCUCGCAGCAGGAUUGCUGCUGAAUAGUGUGGAAGGAGCUCUCCCAAGCGAAGUUGGCACCUGGCCCUUCCUUCCCGUCAUGUUUCUCUUGACCAUGACGUCCAAGAUUUUGCUGAUACCGGUCUUCAAGUGGGCCGUGGCAUGCAAGUUCAGCCCAAGAGAGAUACACCUCUUCGGUUUUCGCUACGUCAUAUGGAUCGCCUUGGAGGCGGUGCUCUUCGAUGCCGAUCAACUCUUCCUACAGAGCUUGUGCGGCACUAGCUUCAUCUCUGCUUGGUAUUGGCUCAUGGGAGCAAAGAUUGGCCGAAAUGUUUGCAUCAUGGGGCAAUCAGUUGGAUGUGAGUAUGACCUCAAGCACCUCGCAAGUGGCACCGUAGUAAACCACGCCUCCUUGCUGUUCUCUCAUUCCGUCGAGAGAGGCACCUUGAUCUUCAGACAUACCUACCUUGGGGCCUCCUCGGAGAUGGGCAUCAACUGUGUGGCCGAAGCUGGUGCUCGGCUGGCUGCGGAAAGCAAUCUCAUGUCUGGUCAGGUGGCGCACAACAUUGCGGAGAAGGUCGCUGACGGUUCGAAGCCUACCUUUAAGCGUCAACAGUCCUACACUUUCAAGCCAAAGGCAGGUUUUGCGGAGGUCAGUUCUUCGUUGCAGCGUGGCAUCAAGGAGAUGAGGAAUUUCCGCACCAACGAGCGAGCGUUGGACAUCCGCCGGGAAUUCUCCAAGGGCCAUGAGAGCUACACGGUGAGUAAAUCCAUCCGUGAACAUGGUGCCGUAGCAGCCAAGAAGAAUCGCUUGCAUGAACUUUGCAUGAACUUGGACGACUUUGAGCGGGUUGCAAGAGAUGUCAUGGACAAUGGGGGCUUCGGAUACUACAUGGGGGGCGCCACGGAUGAGUGGACCUUGAAGGAGAACCGCUCUGCCUUCGAGAAGUACCGCAUCAUCCCAAGGGUGCUGGUUCCUGUCACAUCGGUUGACAUGCGCUGCUCUUUCUUCGGGAUUGACCUGCGCUUCCCGGUGAUGAUUGCACCAUCCGCCAUGCAUGGCCAGGCCCAUGAGGACGGUGAGAAAGCCACUGCUCGCGCUGCGGUUCGUGCUGGGUCGGCUUUCACCCUCUCCUCUCUGGGAUCCAUGUCCAUGGAGGAUGUGGCUGGAGCAGUACCAACAGACCAUCAGGGCAAGCCCAAAGGCUUGAUCUUCCAGCUCUAUGUUUUCAAGCGACGGGACAUCACAGAGGCCAUCGUCAAGAAGGCAGAGGCUCUUGGCUACCGAGCCCUUUGCCUCACGGUCGAUGCACCUAUCACAGGACGGCGAGAACGAGACCUGCGAAGUGGCUUCACGGUGUCUGAUGCUAUGGGGCAGCUGCCAAAUAUCCAGAUGUUGGGCAAUGUGGUGAAUCAGCAGCUGGUGGAGUUUGAGGCCCAGAAGGACCUCACACUGGACUGGUCUAUCAUUACCUGGCUGAAAUCUAUUUGCAACCUGCCAGUCAUUGCCAAGGGAAUCCUCCAUCCUGCGGAUGCUCGGUGUGCCAUCAAAGCUGGGGCAGCAGCCAUUGUGAUCUCGAACCACGGAGGUCGCCAGCUGGAUAGUACACCUGCCACCAUUGAUGUGUUGCCUGCCAUUGCAGCAGAAGUCCGGGGAGAGAUCCCCAUUUUCCUGGACGGUGGCAUUCGACGUGGCACGGACGUGUUCAAAGCCCUGGGGUUUGGAGCGAACGCAGUGAUGAUGGCACGUCCUGCAGUUUUUGCAUUGGCCGUCGGUGGAGAACACGGAGUGUCACGAAUGUUGCGUUUGCUCUACGAUGAGUUGGAGUGCACCUUUAAGUUGGCUGGGUGCAAAAACAUCUCAGAAGUGCCUUCUCGCAUGUUGUCGUCGGUGCUGGCGGCAUCAAGUGCUUUGAACGCGGUGUGAUGGGAGAAACCGGUGAGGCAAACGCAAUCCUGUCGUGGGAGAGGAAUUGAAUGACAAGUAAGGAGCCAGGAACAGACUUGAACGGGUUGUUUGAGUUGUUUCGAUUUGUUUCACUUGGCCGACAUGAUCUUGCACAACGUAUCCGAUCAUGACUUUUCAUAGAGCAUUUUUUGUGGAGCUAUCUGACAAAGUCAGGCUGCUUUGUUUUCAUAUUUACCUUCAACGCUCGUGGGGGACUCUGCCGCAACGAAUGUGGGACUCCUGUUG